UCUCGAAACGAUGAUGUAGUGCGUGAAAAUCGAUCGACGCCGAAUUAUCGGAAAAAUCGUGAUUUCUUCAACGGUAACCUUUUCACGCGAUCACAAUUGAUCCCGCGAGACAAGCCCUACCAAAGUACUUACAUACCCCGUGCUCGAAAUAUAUUUUUUUCGUUUCUUUACUUCAUAAAUCAGCAUCCAUAAAGUGAAUCUCUGUCUUGUGGAUUAUUAAUUUAUCUUUACAUAAAAGUGUAUCAACUUAUUGUGAUUCUUUACAUUGCUCACUACUUACAUUGCGAGAAGACUCAACAGAUACUACGACAAUGACGGUCAUGGUCGAGAACACGAAAAUCGAGGAGGGCAACGGUCCCGCGAAGAUCGAGACCUUCGACGAUAUCCUACCGUACGUCGGCGAAGCGAGCAGAUACCAGUGGUUCCUGUUUAUCCUACUCCUACCAUUCACCUUCGUUUACGCCUUUUUAUACUUCGCGCAAUUCUUCCUCACUCUCGUGCCUGCUGAGCAUUGGUGCAUGAUACCGGAGUUAAAUCAUUACAAUUUCACGGAUUUCGAAAAGAUUGCGAUAGGGAUACCUCCAGCUACCAACGAAGAAUUGAAGCUGGAGAGCGUGACAUCGUUCUCGAGAUGCUACAUGUACGACGUAAAUUAUACCGAGCUGCUCGAGCAAGGUGUCAGACAAGCCAAUCUGUCGUGGCCGAUAGUCCGAUGCAAGCAAGGAUGGACCUUCAACCACACAAUGAUAACGUAUGCUUCGAUCGCCACUGAGCUCGAAUGGGUUUGCGACAAGACUUUCCUCGGUUCCGCAGCUCAGUCAGCCUUCUUCGUUGGCAGCAUUAUCGGUGGCCUGAUAUUCGGCUAUAUAGCUGAUCACUACGGCAGAAUCCCAGCAUUAGUGUCUUGCAACGCAGUAGGUUUCUUUGCCUCUAUCGCGACGGCCUUCUGCAAUAGUUUUUGGUCCUUCUGCGUCGCAAGGCUAAUUGUCGGUUCAUCAUUCGACAAUUGCUUCAACGUACUCUUCAUUAUCGUGAUCGAGUACGUCGGUCCGAAGUAUCGAACUCUGGUGGCAAACAUGUCCUUUGGGAUUUACUUUGCGGCCGCCGCUAGUCUCUUACCAUGGAUUGCAUAUUGGAUCGCAGAUUGGAGAAUUUUAAGCGUUGUCACCGCAUUUCCGAUGAUCGUCGCUUUCCUCGGCCCGUGGCUUGUCCCAGAAAGUGCACGAUGGUACAUCAUGAGCGGUAACAUUGACAAGGCGAUCGGGAUGUUAAAGAAAUUCGCGAAGGUUAAUGGGAAGGAAGUCAAGCAGGAGGUGUUCGAGGCAUUUGAAAAAAGUUGCAAGAACAUAAUCGAAAAAGAUCAAUCGCACAAUCAGUACACGGUCCUGCAUCUCUUCAAGUUGCCCCGACUGGCUCGCAUCACUGUCAUGCUUGUUAUUUACUGGUUGUUGAUCAUUCUGGUGUUCGACGGACACGUUUGGAACAUGAAGCUGUUGCACCCCGAUGUGUUCACGUCAUUCUCCAUAGCCGCGCUGACCGAGCUUCCGGCGGCGAUUCUGCUGGCACUUUUCCUUGAUAGAUGGGGUAGACGAUGGAUGGGUUUCGCUUCUAUGUUCAUAUGCGGCGUAUUCUCUUUGAUUGCCAUUGGUACUCCCGUCGGUACACUAACCGUCACCAUGGCGAUUUUGGCGCGCCUCGGUGUCAAUAUCGCUGCGAAUAUCGGUUUCCAAUACGCGGCCGAGAUGUUGCCGACCGUAGUGCGGGCACAAGGUGUGUCUCUAAUUCACAUUAUUGGCUACAUCGCUCACAUCGUCGGACCUUAUGUGAUUUAUCUGGCUGAUGUUAACCAAAAUUUACCAUUGAUAGUUCUUGGUCUCUUAUCGUUUUUUGAUGCGUUCUUAACACUAGCGCUACCUGAAACCUUGGACCAGGAUUUGCCCGAAACUCUGCAGGAGGGUAACGACUUUGGCAUAGAUCAAAGCUUUUGGUGGAUACCCUGCAUAUCCUCAACCCCGAAAUUGAAGAAAUCCUUGAGGAAGAAGAAGAAGGAAGGCAUGACGAACGCGGCUUUCCAUCACGGCAGUAUUCAAACUAUCGACUGUACGAGAUUAUAACGACUGUUCGCAUGAUAAUUUAACAAAUUCUUUUUGUUGUAAAUAUUGUGACCAAGUCGCCCGCGUAUGUGAUUUUAUGUGUUAAUUACAUGACACGAUGGACAUGUCAAGUGCGCUCAAUGGUGAAGUGGAAUACAAAAACCAAGUAAGAAUGCGAGAUACAAUUGUAUCCAUGUAUCCAAUGAGGUGCACGCUUGGAUGGACACGAACACGAACGUGAAUGCGCAACUUCAAAGUCGAUGUGACUGUCUUGAGAGUGCCAGAUUGCUUUUUCGAAUCGUUUCCUCGCGACACGACUUUGACUUUCGAUUCGUCGCUCUUUUCUGCAUCCGUGUGUACAAAGCUAUUUCAUUAAGCAUAAUUUUAGCGAGACUGAAGUGACGAACGAGCUGACUUAUCCGUAUCACGAGGAUCGAGAGUGUAAUAUCAACGAAUCCAAUUUUUUACAUUAUACAAAGUAAAACCUAAUGUGCCAAAAUGCCGUAUUUUUAUUUGAGUAAACAUGAAUAUCGCGUACAUGUAGAUAUUCAUAUAUUCGUUUGCUACAAACUCAACGGAAUUAAAAAUUACAAAGGGUUCAUCCCUUUGCUCAUUGUUCCUUGUCUUUCUGAAGAACAACGUCUUUGGUAUAUACAAGAUAACUGAUUUUACUGAGAUAUAAAUAUGAAGAAUUAUGUUGCUUUGUUAUUGUAUUUUUGG